GGCAGCAUUAAGCGAGAGGAGAAGCUGGAGGACUUGAAACUCCUUUUUGUCCAUAUACAUCACCUCAUCAACGAGUACCGUCCCCAUCAGGCCAGAGAGACGCUACGGGUCAUGAUGGAGGUUCAGAAGAGACAGAGACUGGAGACGGCUGAGCGUUUCCAAAAGCAUCUGGAGCGGGUGGUGGAGAUGAUCCAGGGGUGUCUUGCCUCGCUGCCUGAUGAUUUGCCACAACCCAGCAGCUCCAGCGUGGGAGAGGCUGGUGGCACGGCGUCCGCUGGAGACUCCAGACUGAAAAACGAGCCUAUGGAUGUAGAUGAGAUGGGUGUUAGCUGCAUGGUUGCACAAACUGACAAGAAUGUGCCCAGUAAGAAGGACAAAGUGUGGGAUAAGGAUGCCGCAAUGUGCAGUAUUAUUGAUGAGUUGACUUGAGCUGUCUAAGGAAUUUUUUUGUUAUUCAAAAAAUAUCAGCUCUUCAACUUUGUUACAAAACUUGGAACUGGCUUGGACUACAGACAUUUUUACUAUUUAACAAGGUUGCCAGAUUACACAGUCGAUGAAGUAGAACUAUAUGUCUAAAAUAAUAAAGGUCUACUGGUCUUUUCAUUUUCAUAUCUCUCACUGUAUUUUUGUGUUAUUUUGUCAUAUAAAUAAAACCGGCACAUUGUAA